UGUCGCCUACGUCAUCAAGACGCGUCGCCGUCUCGAACACGCGCGAGAGGAGCCAAGAUGUCGGUGUUUCACGACGAGGUCGAGAUCGAGGACUUUGAGUACGACGAGGACUCGGACACGUACUACUUCCCGUGUCCGUGCGGGGACAAGUUCGCCAUAACGAAGGAGGAGCUGGAGAGCGGGGAGGAGGUGGCCACGUGUCCGAGCUGCUCGCUCAUCGUCAGAGUCAUCUACGACCAGGAGUUGUUCAUGUCCGGAGAACUCGUGGAAGCCCCGUCGUCUACAGAGACCCAACUGGAGCUGGUUCAGGCCUGACCCCCCCUUCAUCAUCAUCAUCACGGACUGUUCCUUUAAAUCUACUUCUGCAGCUUCUCUCUAUUCACACACAUCAGGAUAUCCAAGGACCCCCCCUCCUCCUGGUGGUGGUGAAAACUGGGACACAUGGCAGACCAGUAGGCCCUGAGACCAGUAGGCCCUGAGACCAGUAGAACCUGAGACCUGUAGACCCCGAGGCACUGAGUGCCAACCGCCAUGGACCCAAGCGUUCCUGCUCUGGAGCUGUCGGGGGUCUUGGUCUGCGGGGGGCCUGGCUCCACCCCGAAGCCCGCCUGGCUGACCCUCUCCACCGACCUGCUCCCCACGGAGACCUACGAGCUGCUCGGCCUCCUGCUGGCCGUCCCGGGACGGGCCCUGAAGAUGGCGGCGGGGGUCCUGGGCCUGAUCCCGGUGUCGUACGUCGCCCACCUCACGGUCCUGCGGUUCCUCGACCAGUUGGGGGCGCUCUGUUCUGCGGCUGACUUCCUGUUUGCGUCGGCAGGCGGACGCCGGUUACACGCCUGCGCCCGCCCCCCUGGCGAGGGCGAUGGACCCCCAUCGGGACCAGAACCGAGUACGUCUGAGAGUCUACAGAAACCCAGCUAGUUCAGGCCUGACCCCCCUGACCUCCCUCCUUCAUCAUCAC